CGAGUUCUGAGUCGACAGCCAGCCAGUCUCCGAUGAGCUCCCUAACAAACAGCCCAUGCAAGUUACGGGCUGGUUACCGCCGCUCCGGGAUCAGGAACACCCCUUUGCCUUUCGACUUAAAUACCAAAAAACAGAAAGAAACAAACGAAAAAAAGAAAAAAACCAACAACAACAACAACAAGAACAACAAGAACGCAAACAUUUAAAAUUAAAACCGAAAUAGAUAAAUCGAUAUACAUAAAUAAGUUUAAUAAAUAAUUCAUUUUUUAAAUCCGCAUUACACGAACUUAUAAAUUUUAUUCGGUACAUGUACACGCAUACAUGUAUUUCAUUAAUUCGACACAUACCUACAUGUGUGCGUUAUUGUUACACAUGUGAUAUACGUACGACAUAAAUCACGAUCAUCGCGACGAUCCGUUUCACCUUCGAUCAUAUGUAUCACACACGAUAUGCAUAAAUUUGUCGCGUACAUAUACCUAGCAAAAAUCGCGUGCGACGAUAUAAAAUAUAAUUAAAUAAAUUCGAACGCGUGUACACGUCAUCUUCCGUACGUAUUACGAACGGUGCUGUUGUCGUAUAAAAAACAAAAAAAAAAUCAAAAAACAAAAAAAAUGUAACAACAAUUCUUUGGGAUCACGAAACUAUCGGAUCUGCCGGCUGUAACGCUGCACAGGAGGAUCAGACUGCAUAUUCGCUAAUCGCUAACAACCAUAUCGCACCCGUAUAUAUCGAGAACGCACUUUACCUGGACCAUAAAACGUUCCUUCGCUUCGUCCUUUUGAUUUUCGAUCAUCUUUCCUACCCCCACCCUCCGCACAUGGUUUUUCGGCUAUUUAUCGGGCGGGAUAUCGUCGAUGAUUAAACACAGACGGUUAUGAUUCGGCGCCGGGAGGGAGAGAGAAAAAAAGUAAAAGGGGGUGGAGAGUGAGGAUCCACACGGGGUGUACGAUCAUUUCAAGUUUUACUACCGCGGAUGAAGGACCAUUACGUCACAUUAUUAUUAUUAUUAAAUCUACGAGGUCGAUAGUAGUAAUAAUAAUAAUAAUCACACAAAACCGCGACAACAACAACAACAAGAAUAAUAAUAAUAACGAUAAAGAUUAAUUAGAAAUUAAUAUCCAUCGAAUUUUUUUUACAACAAAACGAGGAAUCAACUGACACUGCGGUAUACUACUGCUACUACUACUGCUACUACGACAAUACGAUGGAAUACUUGGUGGAAUUUUAUUCGGUAUACAAUGAAAAUAAUCACCUCCAUCGUGAAAUUAACAGACGAAUUAAUAAUUACUGUCGUCAUUACGAUCAUUAAUAUUAUCAUUUGUCACAACCACCGGUAACUCUACAUGAACUACAAACACUGUUGAUACUACCACUAUCACUUCCACCGCGACCAUUGUUAUUAUUAUUAUUAUUAUUUAUAAUAUUAAUAUCAUACUGAAUCAGUAUUGAGUAAUGAGAGAGAAUAAUUUGUUUUCAAUAGAUUAAAAAUAAUUGAAAAUAAAAAGUUACAAAGGUGAGAAGCAGUCUGAAAAAAUUCGAAAGGAGAGGGCAACCAUUGGUGAUAACGAUUCAGUAUUUAAUGAGAAUAAAUAAAUGAAUACAAAAAAAGCAAAGGAUUAAACAAAUCAAUUAUUUAAAGAAAGAAAGAGAAAAGGAGAGAAGUUAACGUAAUUGAAAUAUAAAUGAAAAUUUGGAGAAAACGUAAUUUUGAUUAGUAAUUUAUUAAAUUAACACUUAUACUAUAUCAAAAGUUCGGCUAUUUCGACCGAAACGUCUCUGUACGAAACGGAAGAAUAUACCAAAUAUCUGUUGUGUACGGUGUGAGAGUGAUAUUAAUUAAAUUGAUAAAAAAGAAGAGGAAAUAAAUUAUUACAAUUAGUGGGGGAUUUCGAUAACAUCGAGGAUAAGAAGAGAAGGAGAAAGUGAAAAAUUUAAUGAGGCGGUAGCACUCGAGUAACUGGGAAAAAAGGAAAAUUGGAUGAGAACGAAAUAAGAUAGUGAAUAAGCGAACGAAUAAAAAAUUGGAAAACACUAUUUGGGCGAGAUAAAAAUAAAAUUGACAACGUGGGAAAUUUGGCGAAGAUCAUUUUAAUCUCGAGGGUUAUUACCGAGAAUUAAUAAAACGUAGUCUCAUAUCUGAAGUUUCUAAAGCGUCGAGUGAUCCCGUGUUAUCAGAUGAUAUAAAUCAUAAACGAAAAAAAGAAAGGAGACAAGUAAUAAAAAAAAUUUCUAAGGGAGAAUUUAAGGGCUCAUAUAAUAUUAAUAACGCUAUUACCGCGAAGUGCUGCAAGUAGUAAAGUCGAGAAAGUUAUUUGCCCGGAGUAGAUGGUAACUGAAAAAAAAAAAUGUUCUAAAUAUUUCAAGUAGUCAAGUGUCGGAUUGUGUGUAAAAAUAAAAGUUUUUUUUUGGUGUGUCGUUCAGACGUUUAUAGACCCUUGGACGGUUUCAAUCAAGGUUACACAACACAACGGUGUGUCGCGAUACGUUCACGUUCACCGCCAAACGAACGGGGACCGCAGUUUCGAAUCGCUCCGGAAUACUUUGACGGUAGCGAUCGAGCGAUCGUCUUUAAAUAUUCGGGGUAAAACUAGGUGGGGUAACCGAACGAAAAAUCCUGCGAAAUAUCGUCGCGGGGUGCCCGGAGUCAGCGUCAGCGUCGAACGGUGAGGGCGACAAGGGAGCUGGAGCGGAAGAGUGACCGGCGUUACUGGUUGUGUGAUUGUGAUGCAGCAGCAGCGGUGGUCGCCGUCGGUAUUGGGAAUAGACGAGACAGGUGGUGUUGACGGAAGACGCUGACCUGAGGAGCAGCCCACGCUGGCCGAGCCCCAGGCCAUGAACGGGCCCCAUGCUCGGGCCCGAUCCCGUCGCCUGGACCUCAAACGUGGCUCCUGUUACCGAUGUCGCCGUCGCUACGACAACCACGGAGAUCGCGAGAAGCGGCGCCAGAGAUCGCCGCUCAGCUACGGCGUUUCGGCCGGCAAUAUUCGAUCCACGGUGCACCCGUGCAACCUCGGGAACAACGGGAACGAGGAAACGCUCGCCGCCGUUCCGGAGGCUCCCUCGCCCUGGCCCAGAGGGGAGAGGGAGUCUAACGAUAACUCGAAUAAAUUAUACCGGGGUGCCGGAUUAGCGUUAGGAUUAGUCGGGAGAGAAUGUGCAAGUGGUAGGGAGUGGCGGUACGAUAAUCGGGAUCAAGUGAACGUACAGAGACAUCGAGCGCUUCGCGACAAAAAAACAACCAGCAGGACGACGACGUUCGUCGACUCGAUCGCCAAAAGAAGACGACAUCCGUCGCUCGCUGUAUUCUUCGCCGUCGCCGUUGCAGCGGUUUCCAUACUCGCCACGCAUCCAGUUUCGGGAGCGUCGUCGAGCGAAGCAACGGUAACGUCGUCGUCCGGUGUCGGCGGUCUCUCGACGAGGUCCGGAUACCCCGCCGGCGUAAGGAGCAUCCCUCCGCCGGAAAUUAACGCUGGACUGGUCAACAACGGGGGCAGUUUGGACCUGCUAACCGCGUUACAACUCCACAACACGACGCGCCAAGGAGUAUCCAGAGUUCCUGGAUUGGUCGCUAUCAAACCGGCGUACUACCUGCAGGGGGAUGAAAGAGAGCUUCGGGUGAACGAAGCGGGUUUUCAAAGGGCUGCUGCGAUUCUUCGGCAGGUUCCGGAGUUCACGGUAGCCGCUGCUCUUCGUCAAGAAGAGGCCAAUUCUGGUACAAUAAUUGCCUUUUCGCACGGGAACAAUAGGUAUCUGGAGCUGCAGAGCAGCGGUCGUAAGGACGAGCUACGGCUCCAUUAUCUCUCGAGAAGGGACGGAAACGUUCACGUGGAAGCGUUCCCUUUCCGUCUGGCCGACGGCGCGUGGCACAGAGUCGCCCUUAGCAUCAGCGGUUCGCAGGUUGAGCUUUUAGUCGAUUGUCAUCCCCUCUACAGGCGCCUACUCAGGCCCGGACCACCAGACACAAACUUCACCCGCCCCCAACUCCAGCUAUGGGUCGGCCAAAGGAAUGCCAAGCAUUCCCUGUUCAAGGGAGCUUUGCAGGACGUUAAACUUAUACCCGGUCCGCACGGGUACCUUUCGCAGUGUCCACAGUUGGAUUCUUCCUGCCCAACUUGCGGUCAAUUUUCCAUGCUGCAGAACACCGUCGAACAACUCAUGCAGAACCUCAACGAAUUGACUCAAAGGUUAGCAGCUGCAGAGGGUAGGAUCAGCAAGGUGGAGGAAUGCGAGUGCCAAAAGUCCUGCAGAGUCAACGGUUCGGUACACUACGACGGAGAAACUUGGGAAAGAGGAUGCAAGCAGUGCUCCUGCGUUCACGGCGUUAUAGAGUGCAGGCCAAUUUCAUGCCCCAAGGUGAAUUGCACGAGCCCCUACAUACCGGAGGGAGAAUGCUGCCCGAAAUGUCGCAUGCAGUGCUUGCUCUUCGGCGUUUUGUACGAGCACAACGCCAGGGUGUCUCCGAAGCCGUGUACGUUGUGCACGUGUAACGACGGCAGUUUUACCUGCAACAAAAGCGAUGCAUCGGAAAUUUGCCCGCCCUUGCCUUGCCCGCUAAGUCAGCAGAUCAGCGUGGCUGACGAGUGUUGCAAGUUUUGCCCAGGUGUGGAUUACUGCGCGGACAAACCUAAAUGUCAUAUCAACGCUUCUUGCCUGAAUCUCCAGACAACUUACGCCUGUCAUUGUAACAUUGGCUAUCAAGGAGACGGACAUAAUUGCCACGAUGUCGACGAAUGCAAACAGCAAGGUGGCUCGGAAGGACAUCACUGCAACGCCAAUACCCGAUGCGUCAAUACGAACGGCUCGUACAUUUGCGAAUGCUUGCCCGGCUAUCACAGAACGGAUAAAUUCAAUUGCGCCGAAUUGGACGAAUGUUCUACCGGCCAACACGGUUGCGACGAACACGCGAUCUGCAUAAACACGGCGGGCAGUUACAACUGCAAAUGUCAGGACGGUUACGUCGGCGACGGAUACAGCUGUAGGCCUGUAUGCAACCGCCCUUGUCAGAACGGCGGGGAGUGCGUUGCCCCGGGUAAAUGCUCCUGCAGACGCGGUUACACCGGAACAAGUUGCGAAUUAGAUCUCGACGAGUGCGCCAGCGACCUUCACAGAUGCCAUCAUUCUUCCACGUGCUUUAAUAUGCAAGGUUGGUAUUAUUGUCGCUGCAAGCCAGGAUAUCACAGUGCUCUGCACGACACUACUCAAGGAACUCAAUGCCAGGACAUAGACGAGUGUAACGAUCAAACGAUUGGUAGAAAACACACCUGCCACCCAAAUGCUCGGUGCGUCAAUACCGAUGGUGGCUACAUGUGCGUUUGUCCGCCCGAACGUGGGCCUGAUUGUAAACUGAGCUGUAUAUUCGAAGACAAGGAGGUGAGAAACGGCGACACGGUCGCCCCCGCCGGAUAUCCGUGCAGACGGUGUACCUGCCAAGACGGUGUUAUUAGUUGCAAGGAACCGAGCUGCAACUGCAGCGUUUCCGCUAGCCAGAGGGACAAGUGUUGCCCGCAAUGCGAUCCAUCCGCCUCUUGCAGACACCAAGAGCUCCACCAUCUGAUAUUCAGGAGCGGCGAAAGAUGGAUAUAUCAGUGUCAAACUUGCGAAUGUUUGAACGGAGAAAUAGACUGCUGGCAAAUGGAAUGUCCACCGGUAACGUGUUCGAAUCCCGUUACCGAGGACGGUGACUGCUGUCCAAGAUGCGAGGACGAUCCUUGCGCCAGAGAAGUUUCGUCGAACGGUACUUCUCUCACGUCCAAUCAUCCUCAGCCCUGCAGUUACGCCGGUAUAAUGCACGAAAGUAGCAGCUCGUGGAAGGACCCCCACGACAAGUGCACCACGUGCGAGUGCAAGGUGCCGUACUGCGCCCAAUUGGUGAGCAAUAGCGCGUGUUGUGUGCAUCGGAUGGGCAGUUAUGCUGCAGCUAUGAUUACCGGUGUGCUGGUGAUAUCGUCCAACGGCCGGGGCAGCUUCGUAGCACUAGCUUAUUGGGCCUGUCGAGGUCUCCGUCAUUUGGUACAUCGAAAGCAACGGUACCAACGGUCUCCUCGACUUUACCCUCGACGAACAAGGGCGUUCAGCAGACUACGAGAGCUCAGGACUCUCUGGUUAUUACCAGAAGUGAUAUUAAUGGGAAAAGGUCCAUUGAUACCUACUAUCGUCGGGGUAACAGUGGUGGUGUUAGUGCGUAUAAUAAGGAAGGUAGACAGAGCGUUGUCAAGACUCUGGCACGUAGUGUCUCCGCACCUGCAGUAUUACCUGCAAAAUCAACGCAGAGACCUGCAGUUAACAGAGGUGGAACGACUUGAAACUUUAUAAGUUGAUUCGUCAGGUAGCAUUCCAUACGUCGGAGAGGUUUUUGAUUUUUGUAAAAAAGAAAAAAAAAAAAACUAAGAAAAGGAACGAAAAAAAAAAAAUACGAAAAAAAAAAACUAAAAUUAUAAUAAUAAUUAUUAUUUACACGUCAAUACCUCUCCAUAGUCAACUACUCCUACUCAAAUUCUCUAGUACUAUAUGCGCUACUGCAUUACGCUGUGAAGUUGGGCGGGCUUAAGAAUUGGGUAAAUUAUAAACGUGACUAAACUAUAGCUGGCUAAUUCCGCUUAAGCUCUUCACAUUUCAUGUACAAACUUAUAGCCUAUAUCCGUAUAAUGUGGCCGUUGGUAAUUAAAAAAUAUAUAUAUAUAUAUAUAUAAAUACGAACUAUGUAAGAAAUGAAAUGAAUAACUUGAUUUCUUUCAGGGGUGAGAGAGCUUAUUUGCUGCUCUUUUUUCUUCGGGCCAACGAAUUAUAAUUUUUGAAAAUUUCUCACGCGACGAUGGUACGUGUAGAGAAUAACGAUCAUUUGGAUGGACUAAUAGAUGUAGUCGUAUACGAGCUUUAAAUUUAAGAGUAACGAAAUACGUUGAGUUCGCUCAAUUCUUAUAUCCUUGCUCAACUACGCAACCACCAAGUACAUUCCUCCUUUAUUGAAUAGGCACUCUAUAAAAAUAAAUAGAAUUCAAUACUAAACGAAGACAAGAAAAAAGUUAUAUAUACACGAAUAUAUAUGAAUAAAAAAAAAAAAGAUAACGACAUAACAAAAUAAUAAAGAAAACGAAAGAAAUAAUAUUGAUUAGAUAAAUUAAUGAAAAAAAAAAAAAAUCUCCAAAAGCUAAUUGCUAUACAUAUAAUAUCUACAUCGUUAUACGCACCAGAGAAUUACCAGUAAUCGUUUGUUCAAUGUGCAAUAAUUUAUUAUAAAAACAAUCGCCUAAUUUA